AUGGCUGAUGCUAAAUCAGGGUUAACGAACAACAUGCACACGCCCGGUGCUGGUCACUGGAUUGACACGGUUGUGUGGAUCCUCAUCGGUUUCGCGACAGCAUUCCUAGGACUUCGAGUGUUCUGCAAGCUCAAGAGGAGUAAGGGCCUUUGGUGGGAUGAUUGGGUCUUGAUAGCGUCGUGGCUUGUCCUUCUUGUUUCCGGCGUUCUCAAUACUAUUAGUGUCGCAACCGUUUUCUUUCAACAUGACCAAGACGAGAGAAUGGGAGUCCACGAUGCUGGCCUGCUCACUACUAUAACAGGAACCCUAUUCUUCGUUGCGGCAAUAUGGAGCAAGACAUCUUUCGCCAUCACCCUUAUCAGGAUUGCUGGGCCUCGGCUGAAAGUAGUGCUCCGUAUUAUCAUCGUCUCCAUGAAUGGAAUCACGUCUGUUAGCGUGGUACUCAGAUGGUUGCAAUGCCGACCGACCAGGCUGAUCUGGGACUCACAGGCCAACGGAACGUGUUGGAAUAGGGAUCUUAUUCUCGGGGUUACUAUUUUCGCUGCCGCAUAUUCCGCUCUCAUGGAUUUCGUCCUAGCCGCUCUUCCGUGGCCCAUUAUCAUAAACCUCCAGAUGCGGACUGGUGAAAAAAUAGGUAUCUCCGUCGGAAUGAGCAUGGGUGUUUGCGCGGGAGUAACUGCGAUCAUCAAAUGCACCAAGUUUCAAGUACUUAGGAGUGAAGAGUUUGCUGACGACGUUUUCGAACUCUCAAUAUGGUCCGUCGCAGAAAUCGCCACCACAAUAAUGGCGGCGUCGAUUCCGGUGCUCCGCGCACUGGUGCGUGAAGCGACAGGGAUGAAUAAACGUCUUGAAUGGGCCGCCGUGUAUAUCAGAGAUCAAUCCCGGAAAGUAGCGAGUAGGGUGUGCGGUAUGAACGCCUCGUUGGUAACGCCUGGUCGCCCCAAGACAGCAAACCUCUCAGGCGGUACGGCGAACGACGACACAACCCAACUUAAUAUAACUAGAACGAACGGCCCCAUAUUGAAGAUGGAGGAGGUCCAUGUCGAAAUUGUCGAGAGGAGACUUAAUGACAGUGUCGAUAUCGAGCCAGAAAGGAUCCCGCCGUCAUAUUCGCCGUGGGUAUGA